AUGGCUGCUUUGGUCCAAACACUGCCUCCCCAAACAACGACGGUUACAAUGUUGGGUCGCCCCUCGUCUUCGGGGGGCUAUCCUUCUCCAGGCUCACAAGGCCAGAUGAGAAACCAGCCUAGCCGAUAUAACAUGCCCGCCACUGGGUACAGAGGCAUGCCAGCUAGUGGUCCCAUUGCUCCUUAUGCCUUCACGUCCACGCCGCAAUUGGCCACCACCAAUGUCAACGCCAAUCCUAAUGCACGCCCCUUCGCUCUGAAUACCGGGCGGUCGAUUUCGUCUCCCAAAGCCCCUCAACCGGCUGCCUCUCCUUCCUCCCAACCUUCUACAAAUGGUCUUCCACAUGUCGAUGCUGGAAAUCGUCCUCUGUCACUAGGCCUACCCCCUAUACCAUCCGGGUCCCUCAUGGGUUCUCAAUCGACAGUGGUUGCCCCUAAGCCAUCGCCGGAUCGUUAUCGAAGGAACGUGCGACGAAGUGACGGAGAGAGUGGUCCGAAUCGUGUCCCUACAGGUUCCACCUUGCCCUCAGGCUCUGGCAUGGCUGCGGUCGGCUCCCUUUAUAACCAUCCAACUCAAUCCAGUAGUACACCGUCCCUGCGUUCUCAGCACUCUUACCGGAGCUCACCCCAAGGAUAUAACCUUCAGCCCAAGACAGCUAGCGCUGAUGAUCUCCAAUUGGUUCGUCCUCAGCCUACGGAGCUGGCUGCAAGGUAUCGGAGACGCAGUUUUGGCAGCAUCGAGACAGCAGGUCUAAAUCAUUCUUCGGAUAGUCAAGAAACCGUCUCCCCUCAUCCGAAGGCAUUCCUUGAUUCGUCACCAGUACAAGAAGAUAUCUUGCCGCCACCUCAGCGACCCGUUCAUCACAGACACAACUCGAGUGCUGACAGUGUUGCGUCCUCCAAGUCUGCCAGAUCUUCCCGACCUGAAUCAUCACGAAAUGAACAGCCUCCCACGACCACUACUCCUGGCCCAUUUCCUUCACCCAAGCAGGAUCCGAGACUUACCGCACCCCCUCGGCUUGGAGAUUCCAGCAUUCGGCACCCGUCUCCCUUAUCACGGCCAGUCAACAUCCUCCCUGAUAACACAGACGAGGACCGCCCUGCGGCAUCAGGCUCGACUCCCUCUCAGACACCCUCUGCACCAAGCUCCGCUGCUGAGCAACUCGUAACGGUGAGCAAAAAGGAGGUAAAAAAGUCUAAAUCAAAAUUGCGGCGGGCAUUUUCUUUCGGGAGCGCAGCAGAACUUAGAAAGGCUACUGCCCAACACAACUUGGAGAAGAGUGUGGCCAACAAUCAGACAAUAUCCAAGAGGAAUUCAAAAUAUGAGGACGAGCUGGAGCCCGAGCAAGCGCGCAUUGCUGAAAAGCAGGAGGCUGCAGGAUUGGGCGAAAGCAUUUACUCGGGUCAGGGCACCUUCUUUACCGGCUCGACCGACAAUUUGUCCAUUUCUUCGACAGCUUCUUCGGCCUCAGUUAUGCUUCGUAAAAUGGGCAAGGGAGUGAAGAAGGGAACCCGAUCUCUUGUCGGCCUGUUCCGGCCGAAGUCAAUAAUUGGUGUCCCCGCUGCUGAUGCGCCUGUGAACUCGGCAAGUAUGGCACAGGUUUCAAUGGUCACUGUUGAAGCAGAAAGAGAGAACGUCAAUGUCAAUGUCAAUCCUCACGAGCAAGCGGGAGGUGGUACGGGGUUCCCCAAACUUGAACGCAAUUCCAUCGACACCAAACUUUCCUUCGAAAGUGGCACCGUAUCCAGCGAUACACGAUCACGGCGAAGCAUUGUCGGUGGUGAGAAGGAGCGUGCUGAGGUUCUCGCUGCUGUGAAGAAAGGCAUCCUUAAGCGAACCGAUUCGAAUCAACCAUCGCCGAAAGUCAAACCAUACGACUUCAAAGCUCCUGAUUUCAACUUACCUCAAAUUCCUCACAUUAACGAUUCGCCGAAAUCGAGCGCUCCUAGUACACCUGCUGAUGAACCACCUCGAUCCGGUCAUCGCCGAACCGACUCAAUCACCAUUGAAAGUAACGAUCAUGACGAUUACUUUACUUCCAUGACUAGACUUGGCAGUUUAGACUCAAAAAAUAUACCGGUAACCCCUCAGGGUCUCAUUCGAAACAUUUCAUUCAGCCCACGAAUUCAGUUCUACGAUACUUGGCCCAGUGGAGAGUACGAUCGGCGGGGUGAGAUAGCAACUUGCAAUCGAUUGACUCCGAUGCUGGCUCAGCAAAUCAAAGAGGAGCUCAAUACCUUCAAGAUGGAAAUGGAGGUUCACGAGUCAUCCAAAGUCUACACUCACUUCUUUUAG